AUGUCCGGUCUCAAAGCAGGCGACUCCUUCCCCCCCAACGUAACCUUCACCUACGUCCCCCCCACCGGCGACCUCAACGUCACCGCCUGCGGCAUCGGCAUCCAAUACGACGCCAGCAAAGAAUUCGCCUCCAAGAAAGUAGUCCUCGUCGCCGUUCCCGGCGCCUUCACCCCAACCUGCCAGGUCUCCCACGUGACCUCCUACCUCGCCAAGCUGGACGACCUCAAGGCCAAGGGCGUCGACCAGGUCAUCUUCAUCGCCUCCAACGACCACUGGGUCAUGGCCGCUUGGGGCAAGGCGAACGGUGUCAAGGAUGAUUCUAUUCUAUUCAUGUCCGACGCCGGUCUGGAAUUCUCCAAGAGCAUCGGCUGGACUCAGGGUGAUCGCACGCUGAGAUACGCCAUCGUUGUUGACCACGGCAAGGUCACCUACGCCGAGGUCGAUUCUGUUAGAGGCAGCAUCGAGAACACUGGCGCCGAGGGUGUUCUUGCUAAGCUUUAAAGUGGCUGUCCAACCCAAUUAUGGAAAAAGGGGACAUGGUCGGUUUUAUGAACAACACCGUGGGGUUUGAAACUAUAGAUUUUAGAAGGAUUCCCACAUUCAAAUGUUGAGACCCCUUUCGAUAUUCCAGGCUGAGG